AUGAUUGUGGGGUAUAUUCCUAAGAUUGCAAAUUUUGAUGUAGCUCGAAAACAAAAUGUAACAAUUAAUGAAAUUCCUGAUCUUAAAAAUGUUGUACGUUGGAUGGCACCUGAAAAAAUAAAUAGUGAUCCUUAUACUACACGAU